AUGAGAACAUCUUCAACAAAUGUUGUUUUGUUAGGAAUGUCUUUGAUUGAUAUUUUUUCAAUGGCUUUGGAAGUUUAUGAUGAUUAUGAUUUUUUAUUUCAAUGGGAUGAAUUUCCAGAUAUUUGGUAGGAUUUUUGAAAAUAUUCACAGAUUUUUCUAAAAACAAUAAAAUGUUUCUAGUUACGAACCACAAUCGUACUAUAGAGUACUUAUUUCGCAAAUCGGUAUGGUUGCAGUCAGUUUUUCUCGACUAGUAUCCACUUAUUUAUCUUUAUCUUUAGUUUCAAUCCGAGCAUUUGCAAUAAGUAAAAUAAUGAACCCAAAAUUCAAUUUUCUCACAAAACCAAAAACAGGAUGGCUAACAAUUCUAGCCAAUUUAAUUUGCUGCGGUCUAAUUUGUGUACCUGAAAUCCUCUCUUAUUCUAUUGGCUCUCAGGAAUAUUUUCCAGCAAAAGAGUGUAAAAAGAAAUAUCCGGAAAAUUAUAAGAAACCUGAGUAUUUUUGCGUGAUUUCUCCUUGGAUUAUUUCGGAUAUUUCGGUGCAAGGUUUGUUGGAUUCUGUCAUGGCUAAACAUUUACCUGUAGUCUUAUUUAUAAUUAUGACAAUAGUUUUAAUUGGAGCAAUUAGAAAUGCAUCAAAAAAUCAAGAAAAUUCUGGAAUUUCACGAAAAGAUGAUUCUGAUAAAACUUCAAAACUUGUGUUAUUCACUACGAUUUCUGUGAUUAUUGCUGAACUUCCAGUUGGGAUUUUGUAUGUUGUUCAAAGUUUGUGUCAAGAUACUCCUGGGUGGAUGUAA